AUGAGCACAACAGGAGAAAAUCACACCGAUUCUACUUCCAGAGCAAGCCCGGCCCCGAGCACCGCGGGCUCAACCGGAACGUCAGGUAUUGCGGUACGAACGGGCUCAAACGGACAAAUGAGUUUUAGAAGACAACGUGCGUCGCGUGCUUGUGAGGUACGCUGCGAUGCUGCCAGUUUAGGUGUACCGUGCACCAACUGUGUGGCCUUUUCGAUCGAGUGUAAAAUCCCCACGCCGAAACGUAAAAAGAACCAAACGAAAGUUAAAGAGAGCGCUGCAAACGAAGAGGAUACCCAGAAAGAGCCAGCCAAGGAAGAGGAGUCGACGCCCGACGCCAAGGAUGCUUUUGGUUACUCAAGUAAUCGAAUGGCCGUCGACGGUAUGCCUGUUACCUCUCUCACGGAAUCGCAAGUCGCUCAGCAAGCCAACCAAAAUGCUACAUAUGCCCAAUUUAUGAAACCGAAGUUUGCGCGGGCUCCGAUUAAGGAAGCAGGGCGGGUUGCCUACCUCGGCGAGUCUUCGAACCUAUCGCUCCUGGUGCAGGAUCGGCAUGGAACGACGGACGUCGUGCACUAUCCUCUCCCACCCAAUGUGCGAGGCUCGCGUGCUCGAUUGGCGGAUCUGGAUAACCUUGAACUGGACAUACUUCACCAACGUGGUGCCUUUCUUUUGCCGCCAAAGCCUCUCUGUGAUGAACUCGUUGAUGCCUACUUCAAAUGGGUUGCGCCCUUAGUCCCUAUUGUCAAUCGCAGCCGUUUCAUGCGGCACUAUCGUGACCCAAAAAACCCACCAUCCUUACUACUUCUUCAGGCUAUACUGCUCGCGGGUUCCAGAGUCUGCACAAAUCCCCAGCUGAUGGAUGCCAAUGGUUCGACGACCCCGGCUGCCAUGACAUUUUAUAAGCGGGCGAAGGCACUUUACGACGCCAACUAUGAAGAUGACCGUGUCACCAUUGUGCAGGCUCUGGUGCUCCUGGGCUGGUACUGGGAGGGACCCGAAGACGUCACCAAAAACGUCUUCUACUGGACAAGAGUGGCAAUGGUUGUGGCACAAGGGUCAGGCAUGCACCGAAGCGUGGAGUCAUCUCAGCUGAGCAAGCCGGACAAAAGACUCUGGAAGCGAAUCUGGUGGACGCUCUUCACAAGAGAUCGGUCCGUUGCAGUGGCCUUGGGACGCCCUAUCGGUAUCAAUACGGACGACUCGGAUGUCGGAAUGUUGACCGAAGACGAUUUCAUCGAAGACGAGAUUGACGUAGCAGCGGAGUAUCCGCCCGAUCCCGUGCAUGUACAGUUCUUCCUCCAAUACGUGAAGCUGUGUGAAAUCAUGGGCCUAGUACUUUCACAGCAGUACUCCGUGGCUUCAAAGUCGAGGCGUAUGAAUGCUAUGGAUUUAACGCAUUCGGAUAUGGCGUUGGCGGAUUGGCUCCAGAACUGUCCAAAGGAGGUGUGUUGGCAACGGCAGAAUCAUCACUUUUUGGCCGCCCUUCUUCAUGCAAACUAUUACACCACGCUUUGUCUUUUGCAUAGGGCGCAUAUGCCUCCAGCUUCGUCUGCCCCAAACAGUUACCGCGUAGAAGAGAUGGCUUAUCCAUCGCGUACGAUUGCAUUCCAAGCCGCUGGAAUGAUCACCUCUAUCGUCGAAAACUUGCAGGCGCAUCAUGAGCUUCGGUAUACACCAGCCUUCAUUGUCUAUAGCUUGUUCUCAGCCCUCAUCAUGCACGUUUACCAAAUGCGGUCAUCCGUGCCAUCCGUCGUGGCAACUUGCCAGGAGAGAAUCAAUAUAUGCAUGCAGGCGCUGAAGGACGUCUCGAAAGUCUGGCUUGUGGCUAAAAUGGUUCGGACGUUGUUCGAAUCCAUCCUGGGGAACAAGGUUCUCGAGGAGCGUCUCCAGAAAGCUGCAGGGAGAAGACACCAGAGGGUAAGACACGACACGGCCCAGCAACAAGCGGCAAGGAAACCAGAUCCGCCAAAGCGCAAAUUUGACGACAUGGACCUUGGACUGCCCAAUGGAGGUCCCACCCCACCAGUCUCGUACGAGCGCUCGCGACCUCAGACGCCCGCAGUCACCCCCUCAAGAGAGAUGGGGCAACCGGGCUUGGGCGUUCACCAGGGCUCUCCUACUGGUCCUCCCCCAGGCAACUCUCGCGGCAAUACGCGACCGACAACCCCUUUCAAUGCUCAAUUCUCCCUCCCUGCAACGCCACCAGACCUAUUCCUUGUCACUCGUACCUCACCCAACCUUUCCCCAUCGCUUUGGGAAAAUUUCCAGCCCGACCAAUUGUUUCCUGAUGGCACUGCCAUCUUCCCCGAGCUGACUUCGCCGCAAAGUAACGCCGUUGAUCCACAGCUGCAGAUGCAGUCACAACUACAAGCACAAGGCAUCGACCAGCGACAUAUGAUGCCUCAUCAGAUGUCCUCCCGAGGCCUUCCUGGGACACAAGGAAGCCCAGAACUCCUUUCGAAUAUACCCCCGGGGGUGGGAAUGCAAGGUCAACAACCACCUCAUAUGUUUGGGCUGGAGAACCAGCAGGCGUGGCCAAUGCAAGGUAUAGAUGGAGCCUUGAGCAGUGCUAUUGAGGCUGCUAGCCAGGAUGACACCUGGAGCAACAGUUCCCGGAGUGGGCCAACUGCACCAACGACCCUGAACGUGGAAGAUUGGUUCCAAUUCUUCGGUAUCAAUGGCAGUUUCGGCGAAAUGGCAACUUGA